AUGCGUUCCGAGAAACGAUCACGACGAGGCUGCAAACAGUGUCGUGCAGGCCACCACAAAUGCGACGAAACAUCACCUUCAUGUCGUCGGUGCCAAAAUCGCGGAUUCGUGUGCGACUAUGGGUCGAUUCCUAUCAAAUGGUGCAAUGUUCGCACAGUUCAGUCCAGUCGUCGACAGCAUGUCUCACGGGCCGUGUCAACGGAACAACAGUCUUGUUCCGCUUCGCUUACAGCGCAUCUUUCCAAUGCCAGGGAUGACGAUCAAUUUGCUAAUCAUGCCUACAAUGACAUAUCUCCUGCUUCACUGUUACCAGAGAGCCCAGCUGCUUUGCCGGAAAAACGAAGAGGGUCGGUCUGUUUAUUUGAACGGCCAGAAGAAGUAGCACUGUAUACAUACUAUGUGAACCGAGUCGCCGGUGAGCUUCAGGGUCAUGAUGGAUUUCAUAAUCCAUAUCGAAAAUUAUCCGUUCUCAGUCUCAGUUUUCCAGUAUUAUUGCGAUCGAUCCUGUCCUGCGCUGCGGAACACAUGCGAAGCCUCGAUCUUUGUCCAGCACCGCUGGCUGUAGAACUUCACGAUCAAGCAAUUCGCGCAAUUCGUUUGGAGCUAGCUACGUGGAAUUCUCAUAGAACGACACCGACGUCGAAUAGCGGUCUCCCCAUCUCUGUUGGUAUGACGGCGGAUGAAUCGCUUUUGGCUGCAGUUUUGUUGCAACCAGGUGCCAUUGCUUUCAGUGGGAGUGCUCCCAUCUCAGUGCACACGCAUUUGGAGAUUGGAUUCCAUAUGUUGACUGAUCUGGGAUACCUAAGGAGUUCCGAAACCUUGAAGUCUGCUAUCCCGAAAUUCCUCCUGCAACGGUUUGCAAUUGUCGAUCUCGGAAUCUGCGUAUGGCAUCGACGGAGACCGCGAAUCCCGGUGAACACAUGGCUUGUUGGAUCUGCUAAUAUCACUACCAAGGAUGACGCAAUCCACGAUACCUUUGACGAUAUUCAGCCUUCAUUUCGUGAGAUGGCGGGCUGUCCUUAUAAUGUUUAUACCUUCCUCAACCGUGUCAUGCACCUCGCUGCUGACAUGUCUUGCUCACCAAGUCCGCAGUCGCAGCGAGUCAUCUACCAGGAGGCAAUAACACUAGAAACAGAAAUCCGCACAUACGAACUCAGAAUUAGCAGUCCCAAUCAAAACAGAAGUCCCCAAAGUGUACCCAUGGAUGCAGUUCGUCGUGCCUUCACCCAUGCCGCCUUAAUUUUACUUCUCCGGCGGGUCUUUCUUGAGCCAUCAUCAUCUCCCAGGGUUCAAAACAGUGUUGAAAUAAUUUUCACUCUUAUGGAUAAUAUUCCAGUCACGCAAAAACGCACAUCCACCAGGGCAGAAGAUGUCUAUUCUGGGAUCGACUCCGCUGCUGGUCUUCCAUUCUAUCUAGCGGCACGUGAAGCACUCACUCUUGAAAUGCAGCAAAUUAUUAGGGAGAAACAUGAGAAAUGGAGGGAGGUAUAUCCAAACCCAGCUAGAAUUCAGCUAAUGGAGGUGGCCGAGAGGCUCUGGUUGCAACGAGUAAAAGACCCUUCCUUUAGUGAAAAGGCCUGCGAGGAGAUAGAGACUUCGUGCGAUGCAUACAUCUUUUAA